ACACAUUUGAGACGGUCAAUUAAAGGUGUGCCCGCCCUCGCCGUCUGCCCGACUGUGUACGGGGCUUAAAGUCGGUUUACGUCACGCGUAGUUCGCGAAUCGCGAUUCGCGCAGACAGCAAGUUGGAGCUGGUCGGAGCAGCGGAGAAUUGGCGAGAGUGCUCGAUAAAUACACACGCUUGUCAAAUUGAUUUGCAAUGGCCGGGAUUAAAGAUUGGUGCUGCUAGCGUUCGCCGGUUCCAUUGGAAUGACGUUUGUCAUUCUCGGCUGUGCAUUACCGAUAUACAAGGUGUGGUGGCCAUUUUUCGUCGUACUGUUCUACAUAUUGGCACCUAUUCCAACCAUAGUAGCGCGUCGCUACACAGAUGAUUCGGGAAGCAACAGUAAUCCGUGUUUAGAGUUGGCGAUAUUUAUUACGAUGGGAUUCGUCGUGUCGUCCUUUGCUCUUCCAAUUGUGUUGGCGCGAUCUCCGGUGGACCAGCCAGUGAUACAAUGGGGCGCUUGCUACUUGACAUUGGCAGGUAAUAUUGUUGUGUAUUCAACUCUAGUCGGAUUUUUCAUAACUUUCGAUCAGGACGAUACCGAUUACAACAUGUGGUGAGGUACUGCUGCAACGUACUUACUCAUCAUGAUUAAAAAAGAAAACAAAAAUAGUGUAACUGGAUCUCUUCACGGAAUAAAUCCAAGAUGUAUCUUGUGUCUGUACUCUUGAUGAAACAAGUCACAAGAUAUCAAGCUCUGCCUGUAGUUCAUUCUCGAGAUACAGAACUUGCGCAGAAGACCCGAGGCAUUGAUUAAAAACACGUCGCUUCUGCCACGACAUAUUAUAAUGCGUGAAAUCGUUUCAGGUUUUUUAUGUGAUUAAAGGGAAAAAAAUAUCAAUCAUGCAGUGCACUGACUGAAAGCUACAUGUUGAUUCUAAAUUGUACUAUGAAACUUAUUGUACACAGUUUACAUAAUAUAAACCUUAAUAUGGAUACUCCACUAUAUCGACGCUGCAAAGGAAAAAUAGUAUUAUAGUGCACUAACGAUAGAAGGUCGGCGAGGCUACGCUGGUACAGAGACGGUACAUUGGAUUCUGCGCGCGUGUGUACGGAGCAGCGAGGAGAAGGGGAAUUAAAUGCAUUUGAUGUCUUAGAUUUUUCGUAUGGGACUAUUCAGGUUAGCCUGAAGCGCAACAAUGCAAGGAUGAUGUUGAAAAUAUUUUUUAUUUAAUCUAAGUCUUUCGUAAUAAUACUGGUAAUAAAGUUAAGAUUUAUUACUUCA